AUGAGCGAUCCUGCGGUAUCGUCUGACAAAAACUCCUCCAGCGGCAAUUUGCCAGAAGCCAAGGAGAAGGAAGUUCCCGCCUCUUUAGCGAGCAGAGGAAAAGAAAAUCCAAAUUAUGGGGCGACGGAAACCGCGGAAACUAAAGACUUUGAAACUCCUGGCAAAGUUUCAAUGGAGGAUAAAAGUUCUGCAAAAUUGAGUGACCAAAAGAAACAAACGGUACCAGAAAUCAUUGAAGACAAAGGUGCGGAAGAUGAAAUUAAGGCCGCAGACGUCGAAUCUAAGAGAGCAGCCUCCGAAAAACAGAACCGGUCAAUAGGCGCUAUUGAACAAUCAGAUGAUGUGGCUAGAAACACAGAGCCGAUGGAUACUUGGUCGAAAAAGGAAGACGCUCCGCCAAGCUACGCACCUUCGGCACCAAAAUCAGCGCCAAAUUACGAAGCCAGAAGUUCCAAAAGUGUACCCAGACUGAGCAAACAAGAUUUCAAAAGUGGCAGGAAAAAGGCAACAGCAGCCAAGUGUGCAAAUUGGUGCCUCGGCUCCAGUAUGAUGACAGUGUGCAUUGUCGUGUUUUACAUAGUGCCUCUAGCAUGCGUUGUCAUUGGCGCAAUCGGCUUCAACGACUGUCCGGUCGAGUCAAUGAUUCCCAUUUGGUUAAUCGUGUUCGGCAUUGCAGUGUUGAUAUUCCUAUUCGUGCUGCUCGUAUUGCAGAUUUGUGGUCGACGAAGAAGUAAAAAACUGGACGCAAAGAAUAGGCUGCAGGGUCGCCGCACGACCGAAACUGAACUGUACGAGGCCAAACCAGGGGUGUCUCUUUGUGCCCUGGUGUUCAUUGUACUGAUUCUGUUGUUUCUCCUCGCCUGGUUUAUAGUGGGAAAUGUGUACGUGUUUGAGAACUGGCAUGCUAUCGAAGAGGACCCUCUGGCAUGCGACGAACUGACAUACUACUUCGCAUUUUCUGUCAUUGUCCUCGUGUACAUUCUCACCUUGAUCAUGUGCUGUAUUUGUUGCAUUAUUAUUUGCACAGCUGUUACGGUUGACGAGACGAAAGCCACCACAUUCCUGGACUCAGUGGAGCGACCAAUUCCAAUUAGCGAUAAUUGCGAAAAAAAACUGGACAUAGAUAGUCUCAACGGACCGGAGGUACCAGAAACUCAAAUUCCAAUGCUGGAGAAACCCACAGAAAGCGAGUUGAACACGGACAGAGCCAGUAGAGAAGCGAGGAACAACAACGCUAUGAAAGUAUACGAAGCCGCCGAAGAAAAGCGGAUCAACGAAGAAAAGAAAAAAUUAAUGGGAUGA